ACUCAUGAACUGCUCUCUGUCUGGCCAGGCUCCGGAUGCAGUGAGCUGAAGCAGAACAGGCGCCGCGUGCUCUGCGUGGCUUUGUGUGCAGUGCCGUGCAUCCUUGUUUCGGCGCUGGUGGCCGUGGUAGGUGAGUGUCCCCCGCAUCCCCACGGAGAUGCACAGCCCCCAUCCCACCUCCUGGGCUGCCCACGUGGUGCCCCAAAGCACCUUCUGCUCCAACUCCCGGCCUCUGCAACCGCUCCGAGGGCAUCGCCCCGUGGCCGUGCAUCCCAACCCCACCUCAGCUGCAGGGGAACGUCCUUUGCCUCCCACUUGCCCAACUCUCUCCCUGUCAGUGCUCCAGCGUCCGUCGUGCUCACCUCGCCCACCCUUCUCCCACGUGUGCCCCAACGCCUGGGUCGGUUUCCAAGGGAAAUGCUAUUAUUUCUCGGACACGAAGAGUGAUUGGAACAGCAGCAGGGAGCACUGCCACCGCCUCGGAGCUUCCCUGGCCACCAUAGAGACGGACGAGGAGAUGGAAUUCAUGCUGCGGUACCAGCGCCCAGCAAACUGUUGGAUUGGGCUGCACAGGGCAGAAGGGGCCGAGCACUGGACAUGGGCCAAUGGCAGCGCCUUCAGCAACUGGUUUGAGCUGCGAGGCGGAGGCCGAUGUGCGUACCUGAAUGGGGACAGGAUCAGCUCAGCCCUCUGCCACAAUGAGAAGUUCUGGGUGUGCAGCAGAGCCGACAGCUACAUCCACUGGAGGAAGGAGAAAUACCCAGAAUGACAAAUCCCAUCCACAGCAAGCUCGUGCCAACACUACUGAUCUCUGUGAUGCCAUUGGUGUAUACUGGAAUCUGCCUCUUUCUAGCACCGCUACACUUGUGUUUACAUGGACUCCAGCACUCCUGCAGUUGCUCCUGUAUGGACUCAGCCAGCUGUGCUGCUCGCUGUCUCUCAGGAAACUCAUCUGUUGCACUGUGCCUUAAGGGGGGGUCCUUUGAGGGUCCUUACAGAUCACAGCCCCACGGGACGGUUGGGUGUGCAGCUGACGGUUCUGCACGGUUCUCUCCACUUACACUAUUACCGUCAUCGCUAUUUGGAGGUCUGAAUCUGCGGGAUCCCUUUUGGAGUUCCUAUUUUGGGUGUCCCCUUUUGGGGUCUCCAGUUGGGGUCCUCUUUUUUACGGGUUCCAUUUGAGUUCCCCAUUUUGGGGGCUCCCAUUAUUGACGGGACAAUUAUCUAGUUGUGAUAAUUAUUUCAAUAUCAAUGCUGUUUGAUACCA